GUGGGAUUACGCGUCGCUAGGCGGGAACUGGAAAGAAAAAGAAUCCAGCGGUUUUAUGCAAAUGUUUAAUCUGCACCAUCGACGUUUAAUUUCGCAGAAAUAUGCACCGGGCGUCCUUUUGAAACCAGGGCUUUGGUUGCUCGUAUUGCCCGUUGUUUUCGGUCCAGGAUCUGCUUUUGUGAGCCAUUCUACACAAUGCUUCCAGAUGCUGGAAUGUAUCAUUUUCCUUGGGAAAUAAACUCUAAAUCAGUCCCAGAAGGGAAAGCCCUGAGAACAUUUGGCAGGCUUCACUCUUAUGAUAUGGCCAUUUCUCAAGCCAUCUUAACAGCUCAGCAUGCAUCUGAUCAGCACUAUAUUCCAGUUUGCACAAACUUUGUAGAACCCUUUCAGGCUCAGCUUGGGUCUGUGUAUAUCGUCCUGGGGGAAACUGAAUUCAAGGAGGGUGAGAUGGUUUUAAAGGCUCGUGUAUUUACAUGUGUGGAAGGAAUAAACCUUCAGUUGUUGGAAAAAGCCAUAGAGGAACAGAGAAAAUAUUUCCAGGAGAGAAGGAAAGAUCAUGAAGGAAGCAUAUGUUAGUGCUGUGCUUCAGGCAGGACUUACUUUCAGGCAGAAUACUGGCUGGGCUGUAUACGACCACUCAUCCCUUGCCUUGACUCCUGAUGUUGUUGGAGAUUGUACUGCUUUGUUAAUGCUUAUUUAAAACUGGUUGGGUUUGAUAUUUUUUUAAAGCUCUGAGAAUGCAGAUUAUGUCCAGUGUUCCAGAAUUAAACUCUGUAUUAGAUUGUGAUUCUUAUACAUAACCUCUGUAAUUAGAAACCCGUAUUAAAAAUACAGCAUGCAAAGGGCUAAUAGAAAUCUUUAUUUUGGAAGAUGCCUCUUGGAAAUCACAGAACCUUGAUCCUUAAGCUUGUUUGGAAGCAGAGAAGUUCGUUAAUAUGCCAACGAAACCAACUGUUGGUGCUGGAAGGGCACAGCUUUUAAAGAUUCUAAUUUUGUUGAUAGAAGAAAGUGAUUUCACAGACUUGGAAUGCCCCUUUUCCCAUUUCUCUUUGUGGCAAAACAGCUUCCUUAUUUUCCUGGCAGUUGUUGAACACCUUAAUCUUCCACGGUACUUAUGUACAAAUUCCAGAAUGUAUCACAACUGAGUGAAUAAUGGCUGUCUAAUAGUAUGCCUGAUAGAUAUCUAUGUAAGAUUAAUAUAUGUAUCUGAAUUUGAAAUACUUCUGCAGAACCAAAAAAAACAACAACCACUCAUCGAUUCCAUAUAAGUCUGUUUUAGAGG